GUAACCAAGAAUGAUGGCCCCAGUGUCCAAAGUCAACAAUGGGGGGACUGAGUCAAGAGGGGACAAAUGUUAUUAAGUUACUUGUGACGGACACACCCUCUUCUCUUACCGUCGGCUGCCGCCCAUCGACACUCUUCCUGGAGCAGACAGCAGCCCCAAACAAAUUGUAAAGAUGAGCUAUCCAGGUUACCCUGCCCAGUCCGGCGGCUACCCACCGCAAGCGGGCGGCUACCCACCGCAAGCGGGCGGCUACCCUCCACAAGCGGGCGGCUACCCGCCCCAAGCCGGGGGAUACCCACCCCAGGCCGGGGGUUACCCUCCUGCACCUGGCGGUUACCCGCCCCAAGCGGGUGGCUACCCUCCACAAGCGGGUGGUUACCCACAACAGGCUGGGGGUUACCCUCCCGCGGCGGGCGGUUACCCAACAGCAGGAGGUGGCUACCCUCCCCAAGGAGGCGGAUACCCUUCUCAAGCGGGCGGCUACCCUCCUCAGGCUGGAGGCUUUCCACCUCAGGCUGGAGGUUACCAACCACAGCCUGGAGCAGGAGGAUAUCCAUCCAUGCCUCAAUCAGGUGGCUGGGGGGCGGCACCAGGGGGCUACGGUGCUCCAGGAGGGGCUCCUCAGGGAUACCAAGGGGGGCCUGCGCCAGGCCAGCAACCCAUGCCUAACUACCCCAGUGGGGGCCCAGCCACCAACCCCUCAAUGCCAGUGUAUGGAAGCGGAGUUUCACCCAACCCUCAGGCACCCGCCAUACCUAAAGGCUACAGAGGAUCUAUUAAGGACUUCCCUGGAGCCGAUCCGUUGAGGGAUGUGGAGGUUCUUCGCAAAGCAAUGAAAGGUUUUGGCACCGAUGAAAACGCCAUCAUUGAGCUUUUGGGAAGCCGUACCAACAAGCAGAGGGUUCCCAUGGUAGCAGCCUACAAGACAACUUAUGGGAAGGAUUUAGCCCACGAUCUAAAGUCUGAGCUGACAGGAAACUUUGAAAAUCUUGUUCUUUCGAUGUUGAUGAGCCCCCCGCGCUUUGAUGCGUCUGAGCUCAGAGAAGCUAUAAAGGGAGCAGGAACAGACGAGGCUUGUCUUAUCGAAAUCCUCUCCUCUCGCUCUAACGCGGAGAUUCGUGAAAUGUCUUCUAUUUACAAGUCUGAGUACGGGAAAUCCCUGGAAGAUGCCAUCAGCAGUGACACCUCCGGCCACUUCCGCAGGCUACUGGUUUCCCUCAGCCAGGGCAAUCGCGACGAAAGGGAAACUGUUGACAUAUCCCUCGCCAAACAGGAUGCUCAGAAACUGUACGCGGCCGGCGAGAACAAAGUUGGCACCGAUGAGUCCCAGUUCAACGCCAUCUUGUGCGCUCGCAGCAAGCCUCACCUGCGGGCAGUCUUCCAGGAGUACCAGCAGAUGUGCGGUCGGGACAUCGAGAAGAGCAUCUGCAGGGAAAUGUCUGGCAAUGUGGAGUCUGGCAUGGUGGCUGUUGUGAAAUGCAUCAAGAACACCCCUGCCUACUUUGCUGAGCGCCUCCACAAGGCCAUGCAGGGCGCCGGGACUAAGGACAGAACACUCAUCCGCAUCAUGGUCUCCCGCUCCGAGGUGGACAUGCUAGACAUCAGACAAGCUUAUGUGAAGACCUACGGGAAGUCCCUGUACACUCACAUCUCAGGCGACACCUCCGGGGACUACAAGAAGCUGCUGUUGAAGCUCUGUGGAGGCAGCGACUAAAAUGGACAAGUCACAGGUCCACACAAUGUACUAUAUGUGUAGGAAAAUAUCACCUCUGAUGCAUGUAGACUACCUACAGUAAGUGUGUUUUACUCGUGCAUCUGUGUUUUCGCUAAUGCUUGCCAACUAGCCUAGACUUCCACGCCAUAGAAGACAUUUUUACCAAAAAAAAAAAAAAGAGUGCAUGCCUGAAAUUUCAUGCAAAAUUAAGUACUUAAUCACUAUGUUGUCAAAUUUAGAAAAUGAAUGUCUAACACUGUGGGGCCCCAUAUUAACACUUUAUAGCUAUAUCAUAUAAGAAUAUAUAAACAAUAUAUGUAUAAAAUGUUAGCUUUAUGUAGGUACAAGUUUUAAUGAUAUUGAAAUAUUAGUAUUGCUAACCAGGAAAAAGAUUAAUACAAUUUAUCCUCAAAUAGUACUCAACAGUCGUUUUGGUUGUUGAAAAUUAUUUUAUUUCGUUAGACCAACCGGAUAAGGAAAAAAAAGAGAUAAAUUGUUAAAUAAUACAAACAAAAUAAACAUUGGCAACGUCUCAGGGCCGUGCAGCAAGUGCCAACCCGAAUAGGUGAACAAAAAAACAGCUUACAUCUCACUUUGUUAAGAUUA